AUGUCGUCAUCAUCAUCAACAUCGACAAUACCCAAAGUAGCGGCAACGUUACUUUUAACGACGCUGGCACUAUUAGUAACCACACCGCCGCAAUCCCAAGCUGCCGCCCGCCUCUCCACCGACUUCUACUCCAAGAACUGCCCCCGAGCCCUCACCGCCAUCCGGGCCGUCGUCCGCGGCGCGGUCACCAAUGACCGGAGGAUUGCGGGGUCCCUUAUCCGCCUCCAGUUCCACGACUGCUUCGUCCGCGGCUGCGACGCCUCCGUCCUCCUCGACAAAACAGCCACCACGGGGACCGAGAAAGACGCCGCCCCCAACCGCCGCUUCACCAAAACGUUUCGUGUCAUCGAAGACGCCAAGUCACAGGUGGAGAGGAUGUGCCCCGGCGUCGUGUCCUGCGCCGACAUCGUCGCCGUCGCCGCCAGGGACGCUUCCGCCGCCGUGGAGGGCCCGUCCUGGGGCGUGGAGCUCGGGAGGCGGGAUUCCGGCGCGGCAUUCCCUUCUCUCGCCGGUUCCGACAUCCCGAAUCCCAAGGACGACCUGAAGACGCUGAUCUCGAGGUUCCGUAAAAAGGGCCUGAAUUCCAGGGAGAUGGUGGCGCUCUCCGGGGCCCACACAUUGGGCACCGCCCAGUGCUUUACUUUCCGCGAGAGGGUGUACGGCAACGAAACCGUCGCUAAAGAUGUGAUCGACCCGAACUUCGCGAGGAAGAAGCGGCGGAUGUGCCCGGCGAGCGGCGGGGACCGGCUGGUCCAGCCGCUGGACCCGAUGACGCCGACGUCGUUUGAUAAUAACUAUUUCAAGGCGCUGAUGUUGAGGAAAGGGCUGUUGGCGUCGGAUCAGGUGCUGUUCAGCGGCGGUUCGACGGAUGGGAUUGUGCGAGAGUACAGCAGGAAUGGCGGCAAGUUCAAAGGCGAUUUCGCGGCGGCGAUGGUCAAGAUGGGGAGGAUUGGGGUGCUCACUGGAUCCAAAGGCCAGAUUAGGAGGACGUGCAGUAAGGCUAAUUAA